CCGUACACGGGGCGACAAUAGGCGGAGGUGCAGAGAGUAGCCGACAUCGUACCGCUGGGACUUCCACACAUGACGACGGCGGACAUAAAACUUGAAGGCUACAGCAUUCCCGCGCGCGCCAUGGUCAUUGCCAACUUCACAGCCAUCCUGAACGAUCCCAAGUACUUCCCGGAACCGGAAAUGUUCUCCCCCGAGCGCCACCUAGACGCGGAGGGAAAGUUCGUGAAGAUCGAAGCAGUGAUUCCGUUUUCCAUCGGUCGCCGUGCAUGUCCGGGAGAAGCUCUCGCCAGGAUGGAGUUGUUCCUCUUCUUCACAAGCAUACUGCAGAAUUACGAUAUCUCGCUACCAGAAGGCGUGACAGAGCCGUCGCUGGCAGGCGAUCUUGGCAUUGUGUGGAUGGCGAAACCCUAUCAGCUGUGCUGCGUACCACGCGAAUAGAGAUAUUUGAUAAUAA